AUGAAAACCCCUUUACGUGUUCUUUCAAGCUAAUCUUAUAAAAAUGCCUAUAUAUCUGUAAUAUGCCUUUCUGAAGGAAGCAAAACUUGUAGAGGUUAGCGGAAAAAAAGAGAAGAUGGGUAGACUUGGAGGUUUGUGGCUGUCUCUUCCAUUUGGUUUUCUUUUGUUCUUGAGUUCUUCUUUCAUCACAGUACCAACUACCCUUGCCUGGAGCAAAGAGGGUCAUGUCAUGACAUGUCAAAUUGCACAGUCACUAUUAGAGCCUGAGGCAUCAGAAGCUGUGUAUCAUUUGUUACCUGCCUAUGUCAAAGGUAACUUAUCAGCCCUCUGCGUAUGGCCAGACCAAAUAAGGCACUGGCAUAAAUAUUCGUGGACAAGUCCACUUCAUUUCAUUGACACACCGGAUGAUGCUUGUUCUUUUGAUUAUUCAAGGGAUUGCCAUGAUACACAUGGCGUGGAAGAUAUGUGUGUUGCAGGUGCUGUCAAAAAUUUCACUUCUCAGCUUUUGCAUUACAAAGAGGGCACAGCUGAUCGUAGAUAUAAUAUGACUGAGGCUUUGUUGUUCUUGUCACACUUCAUGGGAGAUAUACAUCAGCCAAUGCAUUGUUCAUUCACCUCUGACAGAGGAGGAAACUCAAUUGAACUACGCUGGUUUAGACACAAAUCUAAUCUGCACCAUGUGUGGGACAGAGAAAUUAUUCUCACAGCACUAAAAGAUUAUUACGACAAGGAUGUGACUCUCCUUCUCCAAGACAUUGAGAGCAACUACACCGAUGGGAUCUGGUCAAGUGAUGUCACGUCUUGGCAACAUUGUAAUGAUCUCUCUCACUGUGUAAACAAUUGGGGCAAAGAGAGCAUAGAAAUAGCUUGCAAAUGGGGUUACGAAGGAGCAGAACCUGGAACAACUCUUGCAGAUGAAUACUUUGAGUCAAGGAUGCCAUUCGUCAUGAAACGAAUUGCUCAAGGUGGAAUUCGAUUGGCCAUGAUUCUAAACCAGGUGUUUGCUGACUCUGAAGAAGGAUUCUCAAUACCAACUUAAGCAGAUUCAUCACCUCAUAGACCUACAAUAAUUAGUUGUUUAAUUUUGUUAAUAAUCAUAGGGUCUAACCCCCAUUUCUUCUAAAUUAUUAGUCAUUACGUUUAUGACUAUGACCAGCUUUUGGUUAGUCAAUUGUCAAUAAUUUCAGCGAAUUGUAUUUAUCCAUCUAGAAACAAGGAAAAAGAGAACAACGCUCUCUCUGAACUCAAAUUAUUUAUUCUCAAAGUUACAUAUUUUCAUGAUUUCUAAUGUGAA